UCGCUGCAGGACUCUACGGCGUCUGGCAGGGGUCAUGAUUUGAUUUACUACGGCAAAUAAUAAUCUUCCCCUUUUUCAUUAGCAGCGGGCAGCUCGUCAGUUAGAGAGGUGAGGGAUUAGAAGCGCAGAGAUGGCGUGAGCUGCCAGAAGAUUAAGAUUUCACCAGCGAGGAAGUGAUCGCCGAGCCCCACGGAGGAAAGUAACGGUAGUUUGUGGCCGGAGGCAGCAUCGCCACUUCUGACUUUUUUCCCUGGGAACGAGUCAGUCCAUCCGCAAAGCUGUGCAGGAGAAUGAAGCCCAAUGCCGGGCACAGCCCUCCGCAGCAGAACAGCCUGGAGCUCUCUCCUUCUUCCACAUUAGCUGCCUCCUAAGCACAAGCGCCGAGUACGAAUCCUGCUGCAGGUCCUGCCAACUGUAACACCUCUGCUGGACCACCGGCGAGGAGGGAAAACAAGACCACCUGGGGGAGUCUGCUUCCUGCAGCCAUGGAGGAGGAGGUGGAGGCGGUGAGCAUGGAGUACCUGCUGGAGCAGGUGACGCAGAAGGACCUGGGGAAGAGGCUCCAGGUGGGCCAGGAGGUCAUGGAGCUGAUCCUGGAUGAGGAGAGGUCCCCGGAGCUGGAGCAGGACCAGAGCAUGCUGGACAGGAUGGUGGACUGCGUGGCCAGCUCCUGGGUCAAUUCCAGCAACUUCAAGGUGGUUUUACUGGGGAUGGAUAUCCUGUCGGCUCUGGUGAGCCGGCUGCAGGAGAGAUUCAGGACACAGGUUGGAACUGUCCUGCCCAGUCUUAUCGAUCGACUGGGAGACGCCAAGGAUCAAGUCCGAGAGCAGGACCAGGCACUUCUGCUGAAGAUCAUGGACCAGGCUGCAAACCCUCAGUAUGUGUGGGAGCGAAUGAUGGGAGGAUUCAAGCACAAGAACAACAGGACCAGAGAGGGACUCUGCCUGUGUCUCAUCUCAACUUUAAACGUGUUUGGCUCUCAGAGUCUGACGCUCAGUAAAAUCGUUCCUCACAUCUGCAGCCUCCUCGGAGACCCCACCAGCCAGGUGCGUGAUGGCGCCAUGAACUGCCUGGUGGAGAUCUACCGGCACGUCGGAGAGCGAGUGCGGAUCGACCUGGGAAAGAAGGGCCUGCCUCAGUCUCGGCUGAACGUCAUCUUCAGUAAGUUCGAUGAAGUCCAGAGGUCGGGGAACAUGGUCCUGUCACCUUUGUCGGACAAGAACUUCGAGGACGAUGACUCGGUGGAUGGUGGCCGCUCCUCGUCCUCGUCCAAAGGAACCUCGCUGUCCGGGAGGAAGGCGGUGAGCAUGGGUUCAUUUCGACGCCCUGCCUCUGCCUCCAGCAGCAAAUCUGCAGGGAGGGAUGGGUCCAGUGCUGGAGCCGUGGAUGAGGAGGACUUCAUCCAGGCGUUUGAAGAUGUUCCCACAGUGCAGAUCUACUCUAACAGGGAGGUGGAGGAAGCCAUGACGAAGAUUCGAGACGUGCUGUCGGACGACAAGCGGGACUGGGAGCUGAGAGUGGCAGCUCUGAAGAAAGUGCGUUCGUUGCUACUGGCCGGUGCACCAGAGUUCGACGGCUUCCUGCAGCAGCUGCGUCUCAUGGAGGCGGCGUUCAAGCUGUCUGCCAAGGACCUGCGAUCUCAGGUGGUGAGGGAGGCCUGCAUCACUCUGGGACACCUGUCGUCAGUGCUCGGCAACCGGUUCGAUCACGCAGCAGAGGCCAUCAUGCCAAUACUCCUCAACCUGGUCCCCAACAGUGCCAAAGUCAUGGCCACGUCCGGCGUGGCCGCCAUCCGUCUCAUCCUCCGACACACACACUACCCACGCCUCAUCCCCAUCAUCACGAGCAACUGUACCUCCAAAUCUGUGGCUGUGCGAAGGCGCUGCUUCGAGUUCUUGGAUCUGCUGCUGCAGGAAUGGCAGACGAGCUGUCUGGAGAGGCACGGCACAGUUUUAAUGGAGACUAUAAAGAAAGGGAUCCAUGAUGCAGAUGCUGAGGCUCGCUCUGUGGCCAGAAAGUGUUACUGGAGCUUCCACAGUCACUUCAGCCGGGAGGCGGAGCAGCUGUUCCAGUGCCUGGAGUCGUCCUAUCAGAAAGCUCUGCAGGCUCACCUGAGGAGCGGCGACAGUCUGAUGUCACUGCCCGCCUCUGACCGCUCCUCCUCCUCUUCUCAGGAGAGCCUCAAUCGACCUCUGUCUGCAAAAAGCACUGUUGGGAGCAGCUCAGCCCGAUCCAAACCCGCCCACACCUCCAGGAUGCCGGCUGCCGCCUCCUCCCCCGGCUCACUCCAGCGCUCCCGCAGCGACGUGGACGUAAACGCCGCGGCCAGCGCCACCGCUCGCACGAGGAUGCCUGCCGUACCCUCCACUGCGCCGUCGUCGGCCUCGCCCUUCAGCUCUGCCUCGGCGCUGCCUCCUGGAUCCUACGCUUCACUGGGUCGAGUUCGAACAAGGAGGACAAGCUCAGGAAACGGUCCAUCAGUGACAGACACACGGGGCCGGAGUCGAGGGAAAGUCGUCUCUCAGUCCCAGCCUGGGAGUCGGUCAGGCUCUCCCGGGCGGCUGCUGAGCUCCACCUAUGGCCGGAUCCCCAGGCCCACCAUGGGCACCGGUGCCGCCGCCGCCGCCACGGGUAGCACCUUGACCACCAGCCUGACUGACAAGAGCCGACCUCGAGGUCACCGCAGCCAGGGCUGCAGCCGAGAGACCAGCCCCACCAGAUCAGGCACGGCCCGGAGUCGCAUCCCUCGACCGAGCAUGAGUCAGGGCUGCAGCCGCGAAACCAGUCGCGAGAGCAGCCGCGACACCAGCCCGGCGCGGGGCUUCUCCCCCCUGGCGUCCCGCCGUCACUCCCGUUCCACCAGCGCCCUGUCCUCUGCAGAGUGCUACUCAGACCGGCUGUCCCAUCAGGCUCGGAUCUCUGCCUCAGUCAAUGCCAUGAGGAUCCUCAACACGGGCACCGAAGUCGAGGCUGCAGUCGCCGAUGCUCUGCUCUUAGGAGACUCGAGGAGUAAGCGGAGGCCAGUGAGGCGGCGGUUCGAGUCGCCGGGGAUGUACUCAGACGACGACGCCAACAGCGACGCCUCCAGCGCCUGCUCUGAGCGCUCCUACAGCUCACGUAACGGCGGCGUGGCGCCGCACUACCUGCGCCAGACGGAGGACGUGGCGGAGGUGCUGAACCACUGUGCCAGCGCCAACUGGUCCGAGAGGAAGGAGGGACUGCUGGGACUGCAGAACCUGCUCAAGAGCCAGAGGAUGCUCAGUCGCGUGGAGCUGAAGAGGCUUUGUGAGAUCUUCACCAGGAUGUUUGCGGACCCUCACAGCAAGAGAGUCUUCAGCAUGUUCCUGGAGACUCUGGUGGACUUCAUCGUGCUGCACAGGGACGACCUGUUGGACUGGCUCUUCGUCCUGCUCACACAGCUGCUGAAGAAGAUGGGCGCCGACCUGCUGGGCUCUGUCCAGGCCAAAGUCCAGAAGGCUCUGGAUGUCACGAGGGAGUCCUUCCCAUACGAGCAGCAGUUCAACAUCCUGAUGCGCUUCAUCGUGGAUCAGACGCAGACGCCCAACCUGAAGGUGAAGGUGGCCAUCCUGCGCUACAUCGAGGCUCUGGCCAGGCAGAUGGACCCGGCCGACUUUGUCAACUCCAGCGAGACACGCCUCGCCGUUUCCCGCAUCAUCACCUGGACCACCGAGCCCAAGAGCUCCGAUGUCCGCAAGGCGGCCCAGGUGGUGUUGAUCGCCCUCUUUGAGCUGAACACUCCAGAGUUCACCAUGCUGCUGGGUGCUCUGCCCAAAACCUUCCAGGACGGGACAACAAAGCUGCUGCACAACCACCUGAGGAACGCCAGUGCCAACAGCGGCAUCAGCAUGGCGUCUCCCAGUAACUCAGCAGGUCGGACGCCCCUGCGACAGCUCAGCAGCCGCAGCAGCCCGCUGACCUCCCCCACCAACUGCUCCCACGGCGGCCUUUCCCCCAGUCGGCUGUGGGGUUGGAGCGCAGACGGCCUCUCCAAGUUCCCUCCUCCACCCUUCCCCUCCCCUCUUCCUCCACCCACUGCCCACUCCUCCCUCAAGGCCCUGCGGCGAGCUUACUCACCCAGCAUGCUGGAGUACGACAGCGAGAACCUGAACUCCGAGGAGAUCUACAGCUCGCUGCGCGGUGUCACCGAGGCCAUCCAGAACUUCAGCUUCCGCAGCCAGGAGGACCUGGUGGAACCGCUGAGGCGGGACGGCAAGAAGGAUGGCGUUAUGACUGGAGGCGGGGCGUCCUCGGACUCCGAACCUCGUCCCAGUGGUGAUGCAGUGGAGGGCGGGCGCACUGCCCUGGACAACAAGACCUCUCUGCUGAACACGCCGUCUCCUCGAUCCUUCGCCGGCCCGCGCUUCAGAGAGUACAACCCAUACAACUACACGGACGGCAUCAGUACGAUGGAUAAAGCUGCGCUGAAGGAGGCGCUGUACGAGGACGCUGUGGAGCAGCUGCGAGAAGGCCGCCGGCAGGAAAGUGUGGAAAACAAGAUCCUGAACCCCAAAGGUUUCCCAGCCGGGGCUGCUGAGCAGCUGGAGCUGGUCGGAGAGCUGCUGAAGGAGCUCUCCCAGGGCCAGGCAGGGGAGCGGGGCCCUGAGGAGCGCCGGGGGACCCUGCUGGAGAUGCUGAAGGUGGCCCGGGAGGACAGCUUGGUGGUGUGGGAAGAGCACUUUAAGACCAUGCUGCUGCUCCUGCUCGAAACGCUGGGAGACAAAGACCACACAAUCCGGGCACUCGCCCUGCGAGUCCUAAAGGAGAUUCUGAGGAACCAGCCCGCCCGCUUCAAAAACUACGCCGAGCUCACCAUCAUGAAGAUGCUGGAGGCCCACAAAGACUCGCACAAGGAGGUGGUGCGGGCGGCCGAGGAGGCGGCCUCCACGCUGGCGGGCUCCAUCCACCCCGAGCAGUGCAUCAAGGUGCUCUGCCCCAUCGUGCAGACGGCCGACUACCCCAUCAACCUGGCUGCCAUCAAGAUGCAGACGAGGGCCAUCGAACGCAUCACCAGAGAGCCGCUGCACCAGCUGCUGCCCGACAUCAUACCCGGACUCCUGCAGGGCUACGACAACACUGAGAGCAGCGUGAGGAAGGCCAGCGUCUUCUGCCUGGUGGCCAUCUACUCUGUGAUCGGAGAGGAGCUGAAGCCUUACCUGGCUCAGCUGACCGGCAGCAAGAUGAAGCUGCUGAACCUGUACAUCAAGCGGGCGCAGACCUCCACCAGCAACAGCAGCAGCUCCUCCGACAUCUCCUCCUACUAACUCCUGCAGCUUCCAUCCUCGCAGACACGCUUAUAAACUGUUUCAUUCCAUCAGCCGGUGAUCGACCUGAGGGGCGACGUCACCACCAGUGGGAUCAUCAUCAGUUUCUUUGUAGGACCAGGUGCCUGGCACCUCAUCUUCUUGACCAGCUUCUGUUUCCCAAACCAUCUUCCAUCUCAUUCCUUCAGCUGCUGAUGGAGCUGAAGUCCCUGAGGAGUUCAUGCUGUCAUGGCUCCAGUUUCAUGUCCAUCAUCCAUAAAGUUCAGCUCAUUUUUUGGAGGUAGGGUGACUCUGGCUUUUGAGACGUUUCAUGAAGAUCCACCACUAGAUGCAUUAGCCUUAAGACUUCAUCUUCCAUCUUCCAGUAUGGAAAUGAUCAAUCUUUAGAGGCCAUGUGCCUGAAACCAAGAUCUCCUCUUCCUCAUCUCAUCAUCAUCAUCGUCAUCUUUAAUCUCCUGGAUGUGAGUGGCAGUUUGAAGCCGAGGAGAUCGUGGAACCAUGAAGGACCUGAAGAGGAGAGUUUUUGCAGUGUAGCUUCCUCCUUCUGUCAGUUUUUUUAUUCCUUUUUAGUACCUUUAAUCCACUUCCUGGACACUGUUUUGCUUUGACACAUCAAACCUUUUAUUGAAUGUAAAGAGCUUUGAGUGAGCGCGAGUGUCCUUCGUGAACUACUGCCUCAUCGAUGGGACGUUUUCCAGUUUUUAACAUUUGAAUGAGUUGUUAUAGAAAGUGGCACUACAGUCUUUAAAAGGCUGAAUCCCAGAGAUAAUCGAAAGAUCAACGCAAGCUUUAUUUUGAAAAUGGGCUCAUGCCUCUGUGAGUGCGAUGGGAGAAUCGACGGGGUUGCACUCAGUCCUGGAAUAAUCUAUUUCAAAAGAUGUGAAGCUCGUCUCAGUUUACAGUGAUUGAUCAUUUGGCUGGCCAAUGAUUUUAAGCACUACAAGUCAGCAAAGUUUUAUUGUUCUGGGCCCGAGAACCAGCAGAAAACAGCAGUGUUUAUAUUUUAAAGUCAUUUUUUAAGGUGUGAAAAAGAAGGAACAAAUUAUUUCAGUUUUUGUGGCACUCAUCAGUUAGAUUUCCAUUUAAUUGUCAAGGCUAAAUAUUUCACCUCACAGAUCACAGUUUUCUACCUGAAUUGGAAAAAAAUGUCAAAUUGAAACGGCCGUGUUUUUAAAUGAAGAACUAGACUUGUGAGUGAGAGUUAUUUUGAAAUCACAGGUUUGCUUUAGUUAGCUGUCUAAAUGAGCUGUUGGAGAUGAGGUGGAGACGGACCACUCUGCACACAUUUAAUAUUCAGUGUUGGAAAUUAGAUUUGUCCUACACGCGCGUGAACAGCUCUUUUUUGUAUACGUGACUUUCACAAUAAAAGCUUUAGCAGCAGGUGAUUAAACAGCUUACAGAAGCAUGUUGAAGAGCUGAUUGUAGGAUUUAAGUAAUCUUAACUUUAGUUUAGGAAGUUUUGAAAUUUAAUGCUGCCUUUUAUUUAUAUAAAUAUUGUUUUUAAGAAGGUUUUAAUAUAUUGCAAUGUUUGAGAAACAAGCUGUUAAAAUACUGCGUUGGACUUCAUUUCUAAUUGUUAGAAAAGUUUGAAAAAUAGCGUAAUUAGUCUUUUAAUCAUCAUUAAAUUAUCAAUAUUUAUGUUUAAAUAUGUGUUCCAGUUAUCAACAUAAAAUGUGACUUCAUUUAAGCUUUCAUUACAGAUUUCUGCAUAUGACGCAAAGAUAACUCAGCAGCAGAAAAUACUGACUAAACACGUGUAGAUUUCUCUGUAGCAUUUCUGCUGAUGUGAACAUAACAGGCAGAUUUAUUGAAAGACAAAGAUUUCUUUUAAGUUGUGAUAGGAAGUAAAUUUUGCACACAGCUGUAGAACUUGGAUGGAUGGAUAGUCUGUCCAGUACUUUUUUGGGCUCGUGGUUGAUCCUAAAUUUAAGGAGAGCUUUUCUUCUUUUCCCCUAUUUCCGGUCAGAACUUUAAAUGCAUACUUUCAUAAAAGUAGAUAUAAGAACCAGGACACUUAAAGCAAUACUUUUCAAUUAGUCACAUUUAAAUAUUAUCACUAAUUUCAAGCAUAGCACUAAUCCAUAAGUAUUUAUUUAUUUUAAAAAAAAAGUAAAAAAUGACUGUCAGCUUGACAGAAGGACCACAAUACGAAAAAUUCCAAAGAAAACAUAUUUUUGGUGAUUGCUUUGGUCAUUCACUCAUUUGGACUGUAAAUAUCCUCACCAUCAUCUAAUUUAUGUUAGACAACAUAAAGACUGAACUCACUUUGUAAAUGUUAAUAAAAGAACUGCACAUUUUAUGACCAAAAGGAGACAGUAAUUAAAUACAGAUUUAUGAUUUUUUUUUUCAGGCCAAAGGUAGAAAGCUUCUCAUUGCCCUACGUAAAUAUGAGACUGAUAUAAAAAACAAAAAAGAUUAAAUUGUCUUUUAUUGAGAUUUAAAUGGAAAAUCAAGCUGAUGAGUGUCACAUAAGUUAAAUUUUUUUUCAGCUAUGGUGGGUUUUUAAUGGCUGUCAAAAACUAAAAGGUCAAGUAGCUCCUAAUUAAAACCACUGUAAUGACAGCAGUGUUGCUCUCUCCUGUGAAUUGAACGGCCCAGCUUGGGUUAAACUGGGAGUUUAUUAGUUUUAAUGACUGCUGUCAAGUUUAGACUACUGUGAUUAGGGGAGUUUCAUUCCAAAAUACUGUAAUAUAUAUAUUAAAGCUCAAUCUGAAGGUCAAAAUAAAGGCCUAAAUAUCUCAGAAAUAGUAUUAGCGGCCGUGCUGAUGAAGGUUCUCUGCAUCAGCGGCUCCCAAAUCGAAUGUAAGUCACUUUUUCGACCUUUAAAAUGUGAAUGACAAACCUGUGGGAAAGAUUGACGAUCUGAAUCAUUAGAUGCUACUACAUGAGAGCGACAAUGCUGAACUGCUGAACGGUGAAGUGCCAGUGGUAAAAAAAGAAACAGAGUGGACAUUAGCAAUAAACUUCAAGAAAUCCAGCUGGGAUUUCCUUGUGGAAACACUGUAGAUUCCCAUUUAGGUCCUCCUUUGAGACGCUCUCGCCGGUCAGUGUAAAAAAGUGUCAUUUUCAAAUAAGUGCACCUAUAAUUAAACCUUCUGCUGCUUAUUAUAAUACUAACAAACGCGCCUAACCACUCUGGUGUAUGUACUUUAUCUCAGCAGGAAGUGUAGGUGAAGUGAUGACGAUGGAAAAACGACUGAAAUUUUUAAUACUGAUUGAUCGACUGACUGAUUGCACUUUCCUGGUGCUGAACUCCGCCCAUCACGCACACUAAGUGAGUCCAAACAAACACUCCAGAGAGGGCAGAAGAUGAGAAAUAAUCCAACAUUUCCAGCAAAGUGAUUUGUUUUCUUGCUGAGAGUCAGAUGAGAUUCCAUUCUGUAAAUUUGGACCCUUUUCCCUUGUGUAGAAAUGGCUUGCAUGGGGAUCCGAACAUUACAGAUCAUCGAUCAUUACAAGCUUAAUUUUAGAUAUUUACAAGAAUGUCAGAACUUUAUCUGAUUUUUUUUUGACCAUUUAGCUUAAUUUAACUACAUUUUUACUACCUAACAUACAAUAGUAGACAGUGCUAAGGAACAUCCAAAUAAAAUCCUACAAUUUGACUCCGUAAAACUAAAACUUCGUGAACAGCUAAUCACAGCAACACAAUGCAUAUCAUGUGUCAGAUAACUGCAUUAAAAUGCUCCAAAAGGGACUGAGCGCAAACUGCCACUACAUGCUGAUGAUGUGAUUCUAUUUAUUAUUCAAAUAUAGUAAUCACCUCAAGCCAGAGGUCCAGUUUAGGAACUCCAAUAGGCUGAGGUGAAGUCUACCAGACAGCUAAAACCUAUAGCUGCCUGUGACACACCAUCUGGCUAUCAAGCAGAUAGGCCACGCCUUAAUACAUGUGAAACAGGUGAUCCCAGUGUAGCAUGGUCUCUACUUUAAACUAGUGGAAUUUCUCAGUGAAAUCAAGCUUUGUCUGUCAGUCUGGUUUUUAUAAAAUUACAAUACCUACAAAACUUUGCAGCUCUUGCUUUGACCAAAACUGUUUUUGUAGCAGGUUGUAAAGAUGUUUACUUCUGCUAUAAAUUUGGACAUUUUACCAUAGUAGUCUAUGGGGACACUGCCUGUAGCACACAUUAGAGGGUUUUCAGUUUCAGCAUUAGUUUUACUUCCAACCUCUGAGGCUGAAAAGUGAAGCCAAUAUGAAAUCUGUGUUUACAUCUUCAGAGGUAGUGUGUUGUCGGAUGCAUGUAGAAAUAAAAAUGCUUUCUGUUCUUCCAAAAUGCUAUACCCACCCUCUCUUGAGGGUCCCAGUUUUUAUUUCUGCACAUACGUCUGACUCUCAGUAAAAAGCAAACAUUUCCCAGAAUGUCUUUAAAAGUGAAGGAUGUUUCCAGGCCUUACUGAAUCUCUUCCGACACAUUACUUGGACUGUUAAAUGUACUGUACCAGUGGCCGUUGCCACUCUUCUCAGCUUUGAGAAUCUAAUCAGCGUUUCCCUCUGAACUGAAUGUCGAAGUCCUCCAUAGCGUGUCUAGUCCAGUGGUGGUGAUCCGGUGUUAAACUUGCUGCAGUUUAGGCUACAGUUUUGGCAACUAAAACUCAGUUCCCUUUAUUUCAAGCUACAGUGUAACUUGAAACUGCAUCUGCAUGGGUGUGUCACAGGAAUCGUUAAAUGUAGUCAACUUGAAAUUAAGAUUUGAGAACAUUAUUUUGAUUUCCUGAUUGAGUGCCUUUGGGGAAAGAUUUCUUGCAAUACACCUGGUUGUUCUGUCCAAUACUAACCUGUACUAACACUAUGAUUCACUGCUUCUGAAGGCGAGAAGAAAACCUUUUAAUGAUGCUGUAAAUACGCUUCAAGCUUCUUCUUUUUUUUUUCCAUUUGAACGACUUACAGUGCAUGGCUCCAGUUUGGUUUUUUUAGUUGGUUAGUUUCCUUUCAUGCUACACAGUAUUUAUAUUCUGUUUUAUUUCCCUGUGUAUGACUGUAUAUAUUUACAUGUUUGGUUCUCUUUCACCUGUGAUAGAUUUCGCAGAACUUGAAAUAAACUAUCAGACUUC